AAAACAGAUGCCACCAGAGCGCUCGAGAGAGGACGUCGCCUACGAAAUCGGUCCUUAGUUCUCCGAAGUCUUUAAAGGUCUAUGCAGUUGCGUGAGCCAAAGACUGAGUCCCAACCGACGACUAACCUAGACGGCCCUAGUUUGUGGAUGUCAGAAAAAUUCGUCGGUCGUCAAAUCUGCCAGAAACAAACAGUGGUUUUCUAACAGGAGAGGGGGAAGCUGUCAUGCACUGCUACAUGUUAACUCAGCAGGUGGCAGACAUUGCUAUGGCCCAGGAAACCAAUCAGAGCCCAGUCCCUAUGCUCUGUGCCACUGGCUGUGGUUUCUAUGGCAACCCAAGGACUAAUGGCAUGUGUUCCGUUUGCCACAAGGAGCACCUAUCUAGACAGAACAACGGGGGCGUCGGCUCUCUGAGCACCGUGGGCACCAGCAGCAGCUCCACACCUGAGGCCUCUGCCAUCCAGAGGUUAGAGGCCACCCUGAAUAAUGCUGCCGCUGCUGCUGUUGCUGCCGCGGAGGUGGCAGCUGCUGCUGCAGCCUCUGACGCUGCUGGGCCAGAUGCUCUCAGUGGGAUUUCAACUGCCAUCUCUGUAACGCAACAGAUGACUGAAAUGAGUCUCUCCUCAGAGGAGAAAGGAGCAUCAGGAAGCACAGUAGAAAUCACUGAGCCAGUGGUGUGUCAGCCCACCGUCUCAGUGUCCAGUCCCUCCACUGCUGGCAGUGAAGAGGUCGAGAACCCAGAGCCCCCCAAACCCAAAAAGAACCGCUGCUUUACGUGUCGUAAAAAGGUCGGCCUCACAGGUUUUGACUGUCGCUGUGGGAACCUUUUCUGUGGAAUUCACCGUUACUCUGAUAAGCACAGCUGUCCGUACGACUACAGAUCAGAAGCCGCUGCCAAGAUUCGCAAAGAGAACCCCAUGGUAGUGGCCGACAAGAUCCAGAGAAUAUGAAGAGGCUUCUGUUUGACUCUGAGCACGGAGGAGGAUCAUCUUCAAAAAUGGACCUGAGCCUAACAAUUUUUUUUGUUUCUCCUUUUGUUACAUCUUAAGAAUUUGUCCACCCCAGUGCAAACGUGUUCACGUGUUCGGCUUCAAGGUUUUUUUGAUGUGUUUAUGCAGAGAAACGCCGUGUAAUCAGAUUGUCGGGGUGGCCUUUUGCCAUGCUGUGCGACCACGGAGAUCAAAGAAGAACGUAAAGAGAAAAACAAAACGGCUUCUCCUGGCUGCCCACUCUGUCUCCCGCGGUCAUCCCGGUAAAGCUCUGGACGCUUUGGGCCUUGUUUGGACUCUGAGACUCAUUUCCACCUCAGCUGUGCUUGCUCUCUGCUGGCUUGAGUAGCAAAGUGGGAUUUAUUACGAGAAUAAGAAAUGUUUCGAGAGACUUUGAAAAAGAGACUUGGUUGUUGGCCUUUGCUUGCUAGCUCAUCACCCCCCCCCCCCCCCUCCCAAUUUUCUUUUUUUUUUUUUUUUCCUUUGACACUGAUUUUGGGGCUGACCCUCUCUGCGGUUAUGAUUUGAAUGGUAUAGACACUUCCUUUUUUUUUUUCUUUUCUUUUAACCGUCCACUAAUUCACAUGACAAUAUGAACCUCUUUUACUGUUGAAUGACGUGUAGCUUUCGGAAGGGUUUAGGUCCACUAAAAUGUCAAUUUUUUUCACUUCCCUUGAAUGUUUUCUUCUGUUUGUAAUGCAAGUUGAAAUCAGUGUCGGGGAUAAUGGCCUGCUGCAUGGAUGAGUAUUUUGAAGCUAAAUGGUUGUGUGCUGCGUUGACUUUGUAAGAAAUGAGUUUGAAUAAUUGUUUUUCUUCUGUUUUGCUGCUUUGGUUGACUUUUUUUUUUUUUAACCCCUUUUAGUUAAGAGUUUGUACAAACCUUCGUAUUUAUAUAGUGCUGUCUGUGUAAUCUUCAAUAAUAAACUGUGUGAUGUAAAUAAAUUAUGUUCACAAAUCUGAACAUCUUUGAAAA